AUGAAGGUCCUUACCGUCCUCGCUCUUCUGGCGAGUAUUCUUGCCGCUCCCGCUCCUGCCCCGGAACCUGUCCCAGAUCUACCAUAUCUGCCAUCGCCUGGAGUCGCGACGGAUUUUACCGACAAUUUCGAUGACCUUGAAGUUUCGGGUGUCGGUACUGUGCUGCCCCGCACCCAACGCGUGAAUCAGUAUGGGGCGCUGUUUUACCGGGACUUUGUCUAUUCGGAUGACACACUCUCUCUUUUUUUCGCUCCGCCUUCGCCCAAGAACUUCAUCGGCUUCAGCGCUGUCGGCCGUGUAUUUCCGCAGCUUUGUCCGACGGACAAGUUCCAGACAUUUGACCUUAAAAGCCUCUACUACGCUUGCAUAAUCAAUACUUUCGUUCCCGUCAAUGUGCCGGCAUCCUGUACAAUCAAGUUUCUUGGCCGGAGGAAAGACGGUGAUACCGUUUUCGAGCAGGUAGACUACGCAGCGCAGUCCUUCGGCGCCAAGUACAACAAGGUCACUUUCCGCAAGGAGUUCUCUGGCCUAACGCAACUGGACAUCUCUGUCAACAAUAAUAACCCUUUUCUCGUCGCUUUGUUCGACGACAUCGAAUACACGGCAUAUAAGCAAGAGAAUUAG